CCUCAGGUCUGCUGCUACAGCAGGACUAGCCGAAUAAAUUGUUGUAUCGUAGGCUGCGCUCACCACUCUCCUGUCAUACACUGGGCUUGACAGUGAAGCAAAACAACGCAGUUUUAUUACGACAGGGUAGACGGGAAAGUGAUUUUGUGAGUUUUAAAUGGUAUUUGCCUUUUACAGGUUAAAAGGCCGAUUCCUGUGCUUGAUGUGGAACAUACACCUGCAAGGAAGUCGACACCUGUGCCAGAGCACCAUGCACCGUUAUCUGGUUUGACAUUGACUAGAGAGGACACCGGAAUUUAAAGGGCGGUUUAAGUGCCAGUGAAGUGUCAUGGUGUUAAUUGUGUUUUGACGAACACAGCUAUGAUGGAAUACGAGGAGGACACCUUGCCCGAUGAUGCUUGCGGGGAUGGGCACCCGCUAAAGCUGUCUCCUCGCCCCCCUCCUUACCGAGUUAACAUCCAGAAGAGCAAUGUGUGCUCAAGAGCCUACUUUGUGGUGGUCAUGGUGUUCUUCCAUCUUUACAUAAUCAACGUCAUUGCUCUACUUCUGUACGUUCACUACAAUACUGGGGAAGUCAGGUCCGGUGAGGAAUCGGCCACGGAUACCAGCAGUAGGAACACCCACCAUCCUCCUCUUGAUCCGCAUCCCCAUCAUCCUUCCGAUUCGGACCUGAACCUUGAGCUGUCAUAUCGUCUCCCUCGCUUGGAGGGAAUUCGGGUGGGUCACGUGCAGAGAGUGUCGCUGGUGGAUGAUCGAGCCCAUGAGAUGCGCACCCUGAGUCUCAAACCUCUUCUGUUCGAGAUCCCCGGCUUCCUGUCUGUGGAGGAGAGCAGUGUGGUGAUGCAGCUGGCCCAGCUGAAGGGCCUCACCCACAGCUCCCCCGCGGGGCCCCUGGAGGGGCCCGACGAGCAGCUCAGCCAGGAUGAGCUCUUCGGCCUGCUAGACCUCAACCAGGACGGCCUGCUCCAGAGAGACGAGAUCCUGAGUCUCUCCCACUCUCCGGACACGACCUUUCUGAACUCACGCCACCUCCGGGAACUCCACACUGAGCUGGAGGCUAAACCAUCUGGUGUUUUAUCCCUUGAGGACUUCAGGCGUGUGACUGGCAGUGUGUUGCAGAAGGAGGGGUCUGCAGGAUCAGACGCAGGGGACAGGUGGACACAGCGCCGGCACAAGAGCACACAUGCACGCCUGCACCUGGGAACUGGAGCUCACCGCACACUCCAGAACAUCAGAACCAGAGUGACCCGUCUGUCUCACCUGCCCUCCUCAUUGGUGGAGCUGAGUGAGCCGUUGGAGGUGGUGCGCUAUGAGCUGGGUGGCUAUAGCCACGCCCACUACGACAGCAGCUCCGCCCACCCAGACACCAGCUGUGCACACACUCACCUGGCAGCCAACACCUCCACACUGCACCAGGUCCCCUGCAGGUACAUGACCGUGCUGCUGCAUCUGAAUGCAGUGGAGAGCGGGGGAGAGACCAGCUUCCCCGUGGCCGACAACAGGACCUACGAGGAGGAGGCGCUGGGUGAUCUGGCACAGCAAUAUUGUGACAAGGGCAAUUUGAAAGUGAAGCCAGCAGCAGGCACGGCUCUUCUCUGGUACAAUCACCUGUCAGACGGCUACGGUUGGAUGGGGGAGCUGGAUGAGUUCUCUCUGCACGGUGACUGCGUGGUGACACGCGGCCCAAAGUGGACCGGCAGCGUCUGGGUCAACCUGGACCCGGACCAGCAGAGGCAGGCCCACUACCAGCGCCUGGUCUCCCGCCAACCAGACAGCCAAACCCUGCACUCUCGUCACAGUAACCACGUCCACCAGGACUUGUGAGCGCCGCUAGAAAAACACUCAAAUCCCUCAAAUGUCCUCAGUUGAGGAAACGGAAGCUUAUUUGCUGUUUUUUAUGCCAUGGUUCGAGGAUUUUUUAAAAAUCAGUUCAUGUCUUUUUGUGGUUCAUUCGAAUGUUCGAAUCAUUCCCUACCCAGAUUUACAUGUUUAACAAUUUUAAGGAUGUUUGUGUGUUCUCCACGUCAUUGGUUUACAAUGUUGUCGUUGUUUUUUUCACUGUGUGUGGUUUACAAUUUAUGCAGUGCACUGAGCAUUUUAUUCACUCAUUCCUUUAUUUAUAUAUCAUUUUUGAAUGUUUGUUUAUUAUUUUUUCAGAUUCUUUUAAGAAUGUAUCGAAUUACUUGUAAAAAGUUUGGAGUAUAAUGGUAUUUAAAUGAGUAUUAAUUAAAGAUACGUUAUAAAUCAUUAAACUGUUAUUUAUUCUGAAAAAAGA